UCAGGGUGUGUAUAAUGUUGAUGAGCGAUGGUGCCACGGUUGCAAAGCCGGAUUUAAGCAGACAGAAUCUCACCGGGCUAUAACAGACCAGCGCAUAGCACGGUUUCAGGGGGAUAUCGCUCGCGUCAGUGCACCUUUUCGAUUGACUCAAACAAACUGAUUGCAGUUGAGGUAUCGUCUUCAUAUUUAAAGACUUGACAUAGCAACUGUUUACUUCCAACUAUGGCUCAAUUCAGUGGCAAAUACAAGUUGGAUAACAGUGAAAAUUUCGAGCAGUUUAUGCAAGCUCUAGGAGUAAAUGUCCUUCUGCGGAAAGUUGGCAGCACUACCAAACCAACACUAACGAUCCAAACAGACGAUGGAAAGCACUUUAAGUUUAUCACCGAAUCCACAUUUAAGAACAUCACAGUGGAGUUCACAUUGGGCGAAGAGUACGAAGCCACCUCACAAGAUGGCAGAGAAACAAAGAAUGUUGUCACUCUUAAUGAUGACAAAUUGACCCAAAUUGAGAAACCCCGUGACGGAAAAGGAAAACAGGUGACAUACAUAAGAGAGCUGACAGAAAGUGGAGAUCUGAAAGUGACUUGCAUACUUGACGAUAUUGUGGCAACACGCUUGUACAAGAGGAUCUAACACACCAAAGAUCAACCAUUGCAUGAACGCAUCGACAUCUCCAAACUCCCAAAGAUCCCAGACAGCAAUGACAAGAAGAUUUUUCAAAGAGCAAUGACAAGCAGAUUUUUUAGAGGCUAACGCAUAAAAUUGGGGAGUGCACAAGAAUUUAAAAUGUAAAACUUAAUAUCAGCAGACGUAUUCUGAAUGUACAUUCAUAUAUAGACACAUUCCUUCGUCAAAAUUGAAGCAGCUUCAAAAUCCAUUCUUUAACCUCGUUGUUAUUGGUCUCGAAUAAUGUCUUGACGCAUAACCUCUUCAAAAUAGCUGUCCGUAGCAUAAAACAUGUACAAGUUCUUGAUAGAAAAAAAAUUCAAUGUGUGGAAACCAAACACAAUAGCUAAUUCUUUAAAACAAGCCAUCUCUGUGAAUGUCUAUCUGUUUUCAUUUCGAUGAUUCAAGUAUUACCGCCUUUGCAGUGUAAACUACAAUCACAACGGAACUGAUUUCCCUUUGGAAUCGUAAUGAAACACUCAUUUGAUUGCCACCUUAUACGAAAAACGUACAUGUAUGGAGAAAUCCGACCAACAGAUUUAGUAACCAUUACUACGGGGCCAUCUUGUUAGCAUGCAGGCAGGUGGUGCGCAAGCGUAAAAUUCCUCCUUGACCAAUAGGCAAUAGUCAAUUGCCUUUGGUAGACAGUGCUCGUGAAUAUUAAUGACAUGACAUUCACUGCACUUUGCACAAAGUACGGCGUGUUUACAUUCAUUCAUGAUUCUUUCACUCAUGUUUCCGAGGAAUUUAGGUGAUUUUACAGAAGACUAGAAGAAGACUGAGAGUUAAGGAUUAAUUUGAUGCUUUAACUGAUGAGUGUAGGUGUUAUUAAAAACAGGUGUUUUUUUCGAGCGGAUGAAAA